AUGCUCUUUGCAUUGUUCUGGAGCCUGUUUUCUUUCCCCACGGUUCAAUGCGUCCUCGAGAAUGGCGUCGACCUUCCGAGCACCACGAUCGCUGGACACCUAAGGCUGUUGAACGACACUGUGUUAGACAUUUCAUUCACAGGUGAAUCGAGGCUUUACAAUCGAGAAGGAGCUGUUCCAAUCGACGAUCCCCAACCAUUCUUUUGUAAUAAAGAUGCUGAUGAGUCUGAUGACGUACGUUAA